AUGGUAACCGACAGGUGGCUCUGGAAACCCAUACAAUGGAACUGGUGGACAAACGUACAAGUGGCUACGGCUGUCGUAGGGAUUCUUGGCAACCUUCUCGUAAUCGUUCUGCUUUUCCAGCGUCGUAAGAAAAGCAGGACCACAGACAAGCUCAUAGGAGCAUUGGCUACUGCAGAUCUCUUCACAUCGAUCUUCAUGAUACCACUUCCAACUGCUGCACGUGUACCAAUGACGAUACUAGGCGAAAUCUACUGCAGGCUGAUUUCUAGCAAGUUCAUAUUGUGGUCUUCGGCAGCAGCAUCUAUAAUGGCACUUACGAGUAUUGCUAUCGAAAGAUACAUCGCGGUUUUUCUCAUCCCCAUGAUUAUGAGUCUCACUGUGCAUGGGCUAACAGCACGUUCCUUGCACCGCCAAGCAAAUCUUUACCUCGGUGCGAACCAAACUUCUGAUGCAAAUCCAUGCAUCAGACAUGUCCUCGCCAAGAAGCGCGUUCUACAAACAUUAUUCUAAGUGAUAUUGCUCUUCAUCAUAUGCUGGGGGCCUAUCCAAAAUGGUUUUAUUCUGCUCGACAUCGGAAUCAUACCAGUGACUUUCGUGGGAAGUACUACACAGCAUGUUUUCAUCAUAUUAGCGUUGUGGAACUCAUGUGCGAACCCGUUCAUCUACGCAAUUCGCUUUCCAGAAUUCCGCAGAGCUAUAAGGGAACUCUUCAAUCCAAAUCGGAACGACGCAUCUUUGUUCGAUGACAGAUGCCUAAAGUCCGCACCGUUGAGAACAAAAGUGGUAUAG